AUCUCCUGAGCAACUAAAUCCCCAGGCAGCCUGAUCCCCAGGGUCUUGAGAGCGGCCCGAAGAAUGGGUACCUGGGCAAUGAUGAUGCCCUCUCUUGCGUGGCGGCUGCUGGGUUGCUGUUUCAUCUGCAGCUGGGCUCUGAGGGAUCCGAGGCCCCUCCGUUCUCUUCCUCCACUACCCUCCCAAGCCAAGCCAAGAUCUAUGCCCAUGUGGGUGGCCUCACAGGGGGCUGAGGCAGCCCUGGCUUUUCUUUACUCCGGAGAUGCCCAACAGCUAUUGGGGGCUAAUUGCAGUGAGCGCUAUGAAGCUCUUGGAGCAAAAGCCAGACCAGGGCUCCCCCAAGUUCUACAGAGGGCAGCAGGUACUCUUACCCAGGCUGCCAAUUUUCUCAACAUGCUGCUACAAGCCAAUGACAUCCGCGAGUCCAGUGUGGAGGAGGAUGUGGAGUGGUACCAGGCACUGGUCCGCAGCGUGGCGGAGGGGGACCCAAGGGCCUACCGGGCUUUGCUGAUCUUUAACCCUCCACCAGGAGCCAGCCAUCUACAGCUGGCCCUCCAGGCCACUAGGAUCGGGGAGGAGACCAUCCUUCAAGACUUGUCUGGGAACAGGAUGCAGGAAGAGAGCUCAGCUGAGGAACCAGACAGCCUUCCCCUGCAGAAACGGGUGCUGACCAAUGACCUAAGAAGCCUCAAUAGCCCCAAGUGGCCACAGGGGGAUGGGUAUGUGGGGGACAUACAGCAGGUGAGACUGUCUUCUCCCUUCCUGGAAUGCCAGGAGGGCCAGCUCCGUCCUGGCUGGCUGAUUACACUCUCGGCCACCUUCUAUGGACUCAAGCCAGACCUCAGUCCAGAGGUCAGGGGGCAGGUGCAGAUGGACAUAGAUCUCCAGGGCGUGGACAUCAAUCAGUGUGCAAGUGGCCCAGGCUGGUACUCUAAUACACACCUGUGUGAUCUCAACAGCACCCAGUGUGUCCCCCUGGAGAAUCAGGGCUUUGUUCUUGGCCGCUACCUCUGUCACUGCCGACCUGGAUUCUAUGGAGCAAGUGGCUUUGGGGGGUUAGAGGAAAGUGCCACACAGACUACCAGCCAAUUUGGGUCUCCACAAGGCAGCUUGGGGAGGCUGCUGAGGUGUCAGCCAUGUUCCGAGGGCUGCACCAGCUGCAUAGAUGCCACACCAUGCCUGGCAGAGGAGGCCCCAGCCCUGCGGGCAGCAGUACUGGCCUUCCAGACCUGCUGCAUGCUGGCCGUCUUCCUGAGCAUGCUGGUCUCCUACCACUGCCGCUGGAGCAAGAGAAUCCGGGCAUCUGGAGUUGUCCUGUUGGAAAUCAUCCUCUUUGGAUCCCUGCUUCUCUACUUUCCUGUCUUCAUCCUAUACUUCAAGCCCAGCGUGUUCCGCUGCAUUGCUCUUCGCUGGGUUCGGCUGCUGGGUUUUGCCAUCGUCUAUGGGACCAUUAUACUCAAGCUUUAUAGAGUGCUCCAGCUGUUCCUGUCUCGCACAGCCCAGCGGGGCCCACACCUGAGCAGUGGGCACCUCCUGCAGCGCUUGGGGCUGCUCUUGCUGCUCAUGCUGGGUUUUCUGGCCAUGUGGACAGUCGGCGUCCUGGAGCGAAGCAUCCAGCACACACCUUUGGUGACUCGAGGUCACACUCUCACUGGCCGCCACUUCUACCUCUGUCACCACGACCGCUGGGACUACAUUAUGGUUGUGGCUGAGAUGCUGCUGCUAUGCUGGGGCAGUUUCCUCUGCUACGCCACCAGGGCUGUGCCCUCGGCCUUCCAUGAGCCACGCUACAUGGGCAUUGCCCUGCACAAUGAGCUGCUGCUUUCGGCUGCGUUCCACAUGGCCAGGUUUGUGCUGGUUCCGUCCCUGCACCCAGACUGGACUCUUCUCCUCUUCUUCUUCCACACCCACAGCACAGUCACUGCCACACUGGCUCUGAUCUUCAUCCCCAAGUUCCGGAAGUCAGGGGCUCCUCCCCGGGAGGAGAUCUUGGAUGAGGUAUAUGAAGAUGAGCUGGACCUGCAGCGCUCAGGCUCCUACCUCAACAGCAGUAUCGCCUCAGCCUGGAGUGAGCGCAGCCUGGACCCUGGAGACAUUAGGAAGGAGCUGAAGAAGCUCUAUGCCCAGCUAGAGGUCAACAAGACCAAGGAAAUGGCUGCUAAUAACCCCCACCUGCCCAAGAAGUGUGGCAGCUCCCGCCAGGGGUUGGGCCGCUCCUUCGUGAGGUACCUGGCUGAGUUCCCUGAGGCCCUGACCAGGCAACACUCCCAGGAUUCAGGCUCCCUGGGCCAUGGCAGCCUGCCUGGCUCCUCCCACCAUCGGCUCUGCAGUUCUAGCCUGCAGGAAGCAGAAGGGCCACCAGCCCUGCCCAAGUCCUGUAGCACCUAUGACCACCAAAGGGAGCAGGACCCACCUCUCCUUGACUCCCUGCUGAGGAGGAACCUAUCCAAGAAGGCCCCUCGGGUGGAGAGCAGGGAGUUGAUGGAAGGGCCCUCUGCCCUGGGCUACAGGUCAGCCAGUGCCCAUAACCUGACAGUUGGAGAGAGGGUCCCCAGGACGCGGCCCACUUCCCUGCAGAAGUCCCUCAGUGUUGUAGCUGGCUCUAGGGAAAAGGCCCUGCUUGUGGCCAGCCAAGCCUAUUUGGAAGAGACCUACCUGCAGGCAAAGGAAAGAGAGGAGCAAAAGAAGGCCGAGGCAGCCAUGAUGAGCCCAGCGCAGAGACCAUCAGCAAGGAGGCUGGAGCCGGCUCGAAGGGCCCCCCUGUCAGCUCCACCCUCCCCUGCCAAGAGCAGCAGCGUGGACAGCUCUCACACCUCUGGGAGGCUUCAUGAAGAGGCUGGUAGGAAGCUGCCUCACCCACCCAUCAGGCACCAGGUCUCCACACCCAUCCUGGCCCUGUCUGGGGCCUGCCUGGGAGAGCCAAGAACGCUGUCUCCCAACUCCACUCUGACUCCAGCUCUGAUGCCACCUCUGGCCCCAACCCCUACCCCUGCCCUGGCACCAGUGCCAGUAUCCCCACAAAGCCCCAGCGUAUUCACCUACAUCUGCCCCUGGGAGAAUGAAGAAUUGCCAGUCAAGAAAGAAAAUGCUGCCCAGGAAGCUCCCUCAGAACCUGAGCGAGGCAGCCACUCCCCCGCCCUAGCCACAGCCAGGCUCUGGAGGGCUCUCUCUGUUGCAAUAGAGAAAAGGGGAGCUGGGGAACCUGAGAUGAACACAGAGGAAGGGUGUCUCCAGGGGGAAGCUGAUGAUGUGGGUGGGGACAGGCCCAAGAUCUCUAAAGCCCACAGCCUCAGGACCCCUGUGCAACAGGCCUCCAUGCGCAGCCUAGGCCUGGCUAUCAAAGUGCUGACCCGUUCUCGGAGCACUUACAGGGAGAAGGAGAAUGGAGAGGAAAGUCCAGAAAGGGAUAAGGACAAGGCUCCAGUGGAGGGUGCAGGGGCUUUCCCCCGGUCUCCUAGGCUGGGGCGGCCCAAGGCAGUGAAUAAGCAGGCUGCCCUGGCCCCCUGCAAUGAUGAAGAGUCCCUCCAAAACCAACAGAAUGCCCACACCAGCAGAAUGCUCCAAGUCCAGCAACAGGAAGGCAGCAGAGAACAAGAGGACAGAGGCAGAAGGACAUCCCAGGGUCUAGGGGAGCAGAAAGUUGAGAGAACGGGUGAAAUAGGGCUUGCCAUACUUAGGCAAGUUUCCAAGGACAAAAAUGCUGAACAGGCAAAGGCAGCCCCUGUAGGGCGGCUGGAACGGCCUAAAGCUGGCCUCCACCCCCUGGACAGUGCUGACUUCACAGUGCCGGAGGUAUGUCCCUGGGAAGUCACUGAGUCACCAACAUGUCAGCUAGACAGUAACAACAAGGUGGAAAUCUGCCCCUGGGAGGUGAGUGAAGGAGCCCCUGAGAGGGAGGCAGUAAUGCAAGAGCUUGAGGACGCCCAUGAAGAGAGGGGCAAAGUCCCAGAAAAAUCAGAGUCCAAAAGAGUGACUGUCUUCACGCGGAAAAAGCCAGAGAGGCUGGUGAGGGGCCAGGAGGCAGUGUGUCCUUGGGAGAGUGCCGAUCCUGGAGGUCUGUCCCCUCAGUCAGUCCCUCAGGACUCUGACAGAACCAGGGGCAGGUCUGAGGCAGUGGGCAGUGUGGAGGCAAGGAAGGCAGAGAAGGACCCCAAGGAAGACAUGGACCCAGAGGCUUGUUCACCUGACACUGCCAAGGAAGACCUGUGCUCCCAGAAAGAAAGUGAAAGGGAGGGGAAAAUGGCCCAGGAGGUGAUGGCGCUCCCCCAGGAAAGGCAAAAAGCUCCCAAGAAAGCAGCCUUCUGGAGAGAACAGAAACUGGGUGGAGAUCUGCAGUCUUUUUGUCCGUGGGAGAGUACAGACUUCCGGGGUCCCUUGGCAGUCUCACUUCAGGUCCCAGAAAGUCUGGGCAAUGGUAUUGCAGAAGUGUGUCCAUGGGAGGCAGGAGAUUCACCUGCUAACAAGAAGUCAGAGAUCUGUCCCUGGGAGCUAGGUGAUGCGCUCCCAGGGAAGGAAGCACCAAGUCAGGAGGCAGGAGGAGAAUCUCUCCAGGAAAAGAAGAAAGCCCCCGGAAAGGGGAGCUCAGGAGAGAUGGGGGAACAAACUGUGAAGGCUGUGCCGGCAGUAAGUCCAUGGCAGGAAUCAGUGUGUCUCUGGGAGGGCAUAGCCCCUGUACAGUCUAGCCCAUGUCCAGACAUCUCCUCAUCCAAAGCUGGUGACCAACUCUUAAGCAAUGGGAACAGCAGAACAAUGCAGUUGGGUCCAUGGGAAGCUCUUAAGCCAGAGAAAAAGGGAACAACUCCUGCCACAGCAGAAAUCUGUCCCUGGGAGGUAAAUGAAACACAAGACUGGACAUUGGGACAGGUACCAAAAAAAGGAGAAUCUCAAAAGGACAAGGGGACAAUGCUUGAAAAAGCAGGAAUCCCCCAAGAGGUCACAGCAUGGGAAAAGCUGGAGGCAGUCUGCCCCUGGGAGAGCAUGGACCCUGGUAGCUUCCCCCUACAACCAGGUGCUCAAGGCACAGAGAGACCCCAAACUAUUUUCCAGAGGUCAGGCAGUGUAAGAAGCAAAGCUGCUGAGAUCUGCCCAUGGGACAUGGAAGAGACUCUGGCAGCAGAGAAGACAAAGAUCUGUCCCUGGGAAGUAGGUGCUGGAGCAGGAAAGGGAAGGGCUUUGGAAGUUGAGGCCAUUAGGAAAUCACCAAAAGAUAUAGGAAAAAUGUCUGCAGAUUCUGUACCCAAGGAGAGAACAGUUACUGAUUCAAAGAAGCCACAGAGUCCAGGCCUGGAGGUUGCCUGUCCAUGGGAGAGCUCGAGUCCAGGAGGCUCCUGUCAGAAUUCAGACACUCUGGACACUGAUGGACCAAAAGUUCGACUCCAGGAACUGGACCGUGUGGGCUGCAGGGCAGCUGAGGUAUGUCCCUGGGAAGUAGAAGAAGCCCUCACUCAUGCAAAAGCCAACAUCUGUCCCUGGGAGGUGAGUGAAGGAGCUACUGGAAAGGGACUGAAGCAAGAGACGGGGAAUGAAUCAGCAGGGAAGAGGGAGAAAACUCUAGAAAAGGAGAGACUCACUUUCCCUAGAGAAGGCAUAGCAAAAUGGGAGGCAAAACACCAUCAAGAACAGGAAGUUAUUUGUCCUUGGGAAGAAAAAGACUUGAGGGAACCAUCUGCUCAGACCUCCAAGGUCUCAGACUUGUCCAGCAACACUAGUAGUCAGGUGGCAGAGGGAUAUUCCUUGGAAGUGAGUGAUGAAGCAACACAGAAAGGGGACCUGAGACAAGACCCAAGAACAGACUCCCUCCCAGAACACAUGACUCAUGAAAAAGCUCAAGCUUCAAAAGCAGAAUUCAUUACUGAAGGUGGAAGAACAAGCAACCAACUAUCAUCCAUCUGCCCAUGGGAGAGCGUGGUGCCAGCAGGCUCUUUCUUGCAGCAAGACCGUCAGCACCCUGACCAACCUACAGCCAGCUCCCAGAGUCUGCUCAGUGCUGGGAGCAAGGUCGCUGAGGUAUGUCCAUGGGAUGCUCCUGAUCCAGAUGUGUAUAAACCUGACAGCAGCUCCAAGGCCGAGAUCUGUCCCUGGGAGGUAACUGAGAAAAUCCCUGAGAAAGGGUCAUGGAGACAGGAUAGAAAGAGGGAAUCUCAAGAGGAAGGAAGAGCCCCAGAAAAACUAGAGCCCAAAGGUGUGACAGUCCAGAAAACAUCAGAGAUAGCUGAUUUUGAGAAGCAGGAGGCUGGGGAGAGCCAAGAUUUGGGGGGUUUGUCUUUACAAUCAGACCCACAUGCUUGUGACAGAAGCAAAGGCAAUUCUGAGACAGCAGGCAGAGUGGGGGCCAGGGUGGCAGAAGUGUGUCCGUGGGAAGUGGAAGAGACUCCCUCUGCCAAGAAAGCAGAGAUCUGCCCUUGGGAGGUGGGUAAAAAAGCAGCAGGGAAAGGGGAACUAGAGCAGGGGGUGAGCAGAGAACCACAAGGAGAGGUGUUCCUUGCAAAGGCAGAAUCUGGAGGGACUGAAGGACAUUUUUCAAAAACAGCAGCAAAACCUGGCAAAGAACAGCUGACAGUCUGCCCUGAGAAAGGCACAGGAUCAGGAGGGUUCUUCCCACAGCAAGAUGCUCUAGACACCAACCAACCCACAGUCAGUCCCCACAGAGCAAGCAGCAUGGGGAGUAGGAUAGCAGAACUGUGUCAAUGGGAAGUAACAGAUCCGGAAGGAAACAAAAUAAAGGGCAUCAUGGCAGACAUCUGUCCUUGGGAGGAAACUGGAGCCCUGUUGGAGGAAUCUGGCCUCCUGGCUUUAACAGCAACUCAGACAGAAAAUUUCCCCACAGCUCCUGAAAAAUCAUCAUGCCUUUUAGUUCAUAGACCUCUGGAAAGGUUCCUUUCAGAGAGCAAGAGCUCCCACCCCAAGGUGAGCAAGCCAGUCAGUACUCUUACUCUGGGAGGUAUCAGAGAACCACAGGGACCUUCAGGACUUGGGCCAAAGACCUGCUUAGGCACAGAAUCAAGUCUCCAAGAAGGUGAGGCUCAAAGGUCUUCCUCCUUAAUGGAAGACCAUAGACAAGUAGCUUCUGAAGCUCAAGAUGAAGAACUCACCCCUCUUGUCUAUCCUUGGGACUUGGAAUAAGCUCUGUCAGGUGAGCUCAAACAGAUCUAGGCUUCAGGAACCAAAGUCCUUUCUAAAUCUUAGUGUUUCCAAAGAGCUGAAUCAAAGACACUUGGCCACUUCUAAGAAGGCCAAAGGUCCACUCAUUCAAAAUACAACUAUACAAGAAGGGUUCAGCUCAGAUCCCAGGGAAAGUCCCACCCAUUCUUUGCUUUUAACUUUUCUUCCUGAUUGAGGAUACAAAGGCUGGACCCUCUACUUCCAGAGACUCCUCCCACCCACCCAUCUAACAUACUUGACACAAGCCACUGGAGUGUUACUGAUGAAAAGAAGUCAGCAGUGCCCAGAAUAGGGAAACUUAAUUCUCUGGAGUCUAUAAAAGGGUGAUUUUUUUAAGAAACAAAAACCACCCAAGGAGUUGGCAACAUAGGGACUGUGGAGCCAUAUAAGGUUAUAAAGUCACUCUAUGCAGCUUCAGAAGGUACUUAAUUCAAGUUGAAAGAUAAACUGGGGGAAAACUAAAAGGACUCAAAACAGGUGCCUAAAAAGCCUUAAGGACCUUGUCUUUUGUCUCCCAUUCUUCUCUCUACCAUUCUUCUCCCAUUUCUUCUCUCUACCCUGCCUGACUAUUGAAGUAGAGACAAUCAGGUACUCUUCCUUCCAUGCCAACAUCUGGCAUCCAAAGUGACAUCAGACAAAGAGAAUAGAAAAGGAAAAGCAAUUUCUCCAGGUCCUCCCCACACUGGGAGGUACAGAUAUCCUUAGUAUGCCUCUUGCUAGCUUUCUUGGGUGACCUCCUCCUCUUCCUGACCCAGCUCUUGCUGAUCUUCAGAGCUCAUCUCACUGGUUCAUUCAGUGCUCUCCUCCUAGCCUUUCAGCACUAUCACUAUCCCCUCUUUUGCCAGUGUAACUGGAACCAAAGGAGAAACUGUGGUUCUGAUGCAAGAACUACUUCAAAUCACUUACUCAGUAACAAGAGGCCACAUCAAUCUCCUUCCCAGGGGAGCCCUACAAAGGAAAGAGGUCAUUUAUAGCCAGCAUUCCCAACGACUUCUGCACUCAGAAAGAGCAGAACUCCAGGGCAAGUCAGAAGCCAGGAUUGAGAAAUGGCCUGGUGUUAGGACAAAGGCUACUUUCUUAGGCAGCUCUUUCUUAGCUCUCUCAACAGUCAGAGCUCAGGCUACUCUUGCUUAAGCAGUGCUAGAUAACAAAGUGCUGGGAUUAGAUGAUACUACCAAAGGAAAGUGAAGAAGAAGAAAAACAUACCAAGAAGUUCUGGAAUUGGCAGAGGUGAGGUGGGGGUGGAAACUGGCAGGCUAAUGUGGCAAAACUGUCCGUGGCACUCAAGAUGGCAGUAAGUCCCAAUCUCCAACAGUACAGGUAUGGAUGUCAUUUAUGGGGAGAAAAGACAAAACAAGACCAAAUAUCCAGGAGGAAAACAAUGAGUUUGCAUGUAAAGAUUCUGGGUAGUUAUAGUUUCCAGAAAAAGUAGCAAAGUUCUCCAUUUCCAAAAAGGAGCAAAGGAAUAGAGUAACUUCCCCUUCUUUGGGGUUCAGAGGCCUUUGUUCCCAUAUGGAGACCCUCCCACUUACCCUGGAUUUUACAGUAGUAACUUAAGUAUGUUGUUACUCCGUGUCCUGGCUGCUUAACCCCACAGCUUCAGAGCUUAUGUGGACUUUGCCAACUGUGCACCCCAGAGCAAUUCUAUUGGGUGUGGUCUAGCUGGAAAAGCAAAGUU